ACUUUGUAUACUUAUUGUAUAAUUAAUAUAACCUUUGUAUACUUAAUGUACUCUUUUUACUAUUUGUACAGUUUUGCUAUAAGAUUGUUGAUGAUAAGGAAGAUGUCGAUGUGGAUGGUUUACAAGUUGAUAAUGAUGUUUUUGAAAAGGAAGCAAGUAAGGAAAAUCUUGAAGAUGAAAUUAGUAAAGAUGAUAAGAAAAUGGCUAAAGGUGCACCCCCGAGCAAGGUCCGACUGUUUAAUGAGACUCACAUGACUAGAGUCGAUGAUGGAUUGAGGCAUUAUGUGGAUGAUCGCGCUAGUCAAGUUAGGGAAAGCCUUGAGGAGCACCUAACAGAGGUGUCUCGUGAUGAAGACGGUAAUUCUGUGCCACUAUCCCAAGAGGAGAAGAGAAUUUUUUUAGAGACAGUUCAUGCAUCCUCACAUAGCAGAUAUAUAUAUUGGACAAGGAAGAAUAAGACGUCUUCAUAUCACUUUGAUGCCUCAACCUCCACAACUACCACUAGUGGGAUUAACGAGUAGCGGUUUCGAUAAUUUGAAAACAUUACCAUUCAGUUGGCGAGUUAGUUGCAGGACAGAGAUAAGCAGAUUCAGAUACUGGAGACCACCGUGCGCUAGUUGGCUCAGGGAUGACCUAGAGCAUUCAACCGUAUGUCUCCUACUCCUCUACUCAAUCCACCUGGCGAUGACUCGCAGCAAGAUCUACCUUCUAGCGAGUCGUGAGUUUAUUAGUAUUUUUUUUCCUAUUUCUAUGACUCUUUGACUAUACAUCGAUUUUGUAA